CAUGUCACUUUGACGUGAGAAAAAUCCACUAUCCAGCACUUGGUAUUUGCAUGGCUAAAAUUUUAUUAUUCAAAAAUGUCGCGAGAUAAAAGUGUUUGGUUUGCAGAAGAGAUCCUCUUAGACGCUAAGCUUAUCAACUUCCAACUGGAGACAGGCGAGUGGGAUGCGGUGGAGGAGAUGUUACGGGCCGAGGCGCAGCUUUCUCGAGACGCGGAGACCGGACGAUUGCGACCUAAAAAAGCAUCAGAGUAUACCCUGCGUCUCAUAGCCGAAGUGCUCCAUAUCAUGCGGUUGGAUGUGGAGCAGGCUUCUUACAACCGCAGCACCCUGGCAGUAGCCGAGCAAUGCUUACGACUCGUCCGCUCAUGUGGAGCCGCUGGCACCAAAAUGCAGACGUACAUCUCAAAAGAACUCUCCAUUUUAGACUCCAUGCUGAUUUUAGCUACCGAAUACCAACAUCCAAGUGUUGACUUCCUAAAUGAAGAGUUGCAGAAGAAAUAUGAAUCCUGUAUGACAGUAUUAAUUCAAACACUUGGAAAUUUAGUUGUUAACAAUCCAUUUAAUCAAAUCAUGAUUUGGAAUAAAUUUGACACAAUAAUCCUCAAUUCCUUAGUCAGUCCUAAUGACAAGAUAUCUUCCGCCGCAGCCAUGAUUGUUUACAACAUAUUAUUGGGUCAACCUAAUGUGUUACCAGAUGAUGUAAUGUUGCUCAAUUCUCUAGCUUACAUGUAUAGCAAUGGCAAUACUGAAUACCCGCAUUUAAUUAUAGAAUACUUAAUCGGUGUUGAGAACACAUAUAUAGAGAAGUUAUACUCAAAAUUGGAUCCGGAAUGCAGAAUGCUUGUACUAAAUCUGGCGUACAACAUUUUGAUGUCUACGGAGUCUCAGGAUAUUAAUGUAUCGGUGAAUUUUGUGAAGUUUAUGGCGCAUGAGUUUAAGACUAAAUCGGACUGUAUUUUGAAGACUGUGGACAAGUAUGUGAACACUAUAGAGCCACAGGAGGUGGUGUUUCUGCUUGAGAUCAUCGCAACAGCUUCGAGUAUGGAUACAUAUAUGGAUUGCUUGCAGAGUGAUACUUCUCUGUUUAUCAAUUGUGCUUUCCUGCUGCGCGCCAUCCACAAGCUGGGCAAGGAGAGCAGCAACUUCUUCUCUUCCAUCAACAAGCUGUAUGAAGCCACGGGCCGACAGCUGAUCAACGAUGAAAACGUCAACACUCCGCCACCAGAAAUUCCGUUGAGUAAAAACGACUCCGCCGACAACAUGCUCUCGUGCAACGAGACCACAUCAGAGUGCACCGAGUCGGAGAGCAGCGAGCAGUUCUUCGAGUGCAACGAGGUACCCAGCUUCGACCGCUUCGAGCCCGCGGAACCACACAAAAUUGACAACUCUGACUCGAAAAAUGGCAACGCCAAUGUAAAAAUCGACAACGAUUUAACGAAAGUAGCCUAUAAAAGGAGCAGCUCAGUGCCAAAACCGGACGACAGAAUAACAGUUCUCCCGAUGAGAAGGAUAAGUCUAGAACACAAAAUAGACAUCGGAGAUGACACCGAACCUCCACUAAUCAUAGAUGCAAUGUCGCCAAACGGUAACAUGAAUACUAUCGCAGAAGUUAUACCCGUAGGGUUGCAACCCAGACUAGAACUACAGCCUACAAGCCAAACGGAGUCACAAGAUAGUACUCCGAAUGACCCACCUACAGAAAUACAUUUACCGAAAGAAGAAUUAAAGAGUGAAGUCAAAGCGUCGCCAAGUGAAAUCUCACCACCUUUAGCCGAUAACCCUGUAGAAACAGAAUCACAAAAACAAUCCCCGGAUACACCGAAAGAAGUUAAGAAAAGUCAGAAUUUGUCGACUGAUUUUGACUUGAGCGAGCAGUUGCAGAAGAUUUUGGGUAUAUCGGAGAAAAGAGUGGAUCCUAAUGCGGAGAAGAAGGAACCAGUGAAGGAGGUGAAGAUAUCGGAGGAUAACGUUAUGGUUAAUAAGGUGCCGUCGGUGAAGAUUGACUCUCCUGAGAGCCAGAAGACCAGGUUGGGAGCAGUGGACAUGACGACCAGCAAGACCCUGUACACGAGCGUGGAGACAGUGGAGCGACACGUCGCGUUCGGCUUCAAGGCUGCUCUAGUAAGGGCGCUGGCCAACCUCUGCUGGAAGAACCAGGCCAACAAGAAACAGAUGCGGGAAUUGGAAGUCAUCCCAGUGUUGCUGGAUUGCUGCAACAUCGACGCUCGGAAUCCACUAAUAAUGCAAUGGGUCAUCUUCGCCGUGCGCAACCUUUGUGAAAACUGUCCCGAAAAUCAGGAGGUGAUAGCGAAGAUGUCGCUACAAGGGCCAGUCGACAACGAGCUCCUUAAAGACAUGGGCCUGACGCUCAACACGGACGGGCAAGGGAACACCAUCAAACUAGCCCCGUACCCUAGAUAAAUAUACAGGGCGCCUAAAUAUAUUAGCGUUUUCCAAAAAAUAUGUACAUUUCAUUCAUGUCUUCAAAAUAUUGACUUCUUGGGCUCAUUUUACUCAGAAUCAUUUGUACAUUCAAAUCUCAUACAUGAAAAAAUGUGUCCCAAAAUUUUAUAUUAAAAAAAAAUCUUCAAGUGCGUCACGUUCAUAGAAAUAAAAAAAUUAUUCAUACAAAAAUGUGACGAUUUGGAAAGGAAAUCUUGGGACACAUUUUUUCAUGUAUGAGGCGUGAUGUACAAAUGAUUCUGAGUAAAAUGAGCCCAAGAAUUCAAUAUUUUAAAUACAUGUAUGAAAUGUAAUUUUUUUUUGGAAAUGCUCAUAUAAAGGGUGGCCAGAAUAAUUGCAAGACCAGCGAGGUUUCUAGAUAUAUAAAAAAGCCGCGUUGGCUAUUUGACACGCCAAGAAUGCCAUUAGAUGUGGCCACAGCGUACAGUCAGCAGCAGAAGUUGCUAAGCGGGCGAGGUGUUCAAAAUUACGUUGACACGCUCUUACUCUCUUAACAAUAAAGUCGCGUCAAGAUCAUUUUGAACACCUCGCCCGCUUAGUAACUUCUGCUGCUGAUUGUACGCUUAUAAGUGUUAUGGCUAUAAGUGUUAGCCGGUCAAACAAGUUUGUCAGUAGAAAAGGCGCAAAAUUCAAUUUUUCUAUGGGACGAUAACCCUUCGCGCUUACAUUUUUUUAAAUUUGCCGCUCUUUUCUACUGGCGGAAAUUGCUUGACGGAGUAUUAUGUAACUGUAUAGUUAUUGUACUCGCAGGAACGUGGAAAUGUUAUUGUAGGGAUCAGAAAAACAAAAUCCUGGCUGAACUGAAAAUGACACAGCUGAAAUUUAUGGCCGCUGCGCCGUAAUAGGCCCCGUGCAUGAACUAUAGGGGGCAGCAUAGGAGCCGUCAGAUUUUUGGCGCGAGGCGUAACCUCUAGCCGCCCAUUCGUCAAAACUUGCCAAGCAAAAUGAAAUUUUAUUAUGUCAACACAAAGUUCAAAUUAGAACGGAACAGGAGACCUUUUUAUAGGUCUCUGGGCGGCUAGAGGUUAGUUGUGUUGUUUAUGCUUUUGAUGUAGCCCACAAGAUGGCAGAACUAUGGUAGCACUUGCUUUGGCAAUGUACCUGUGCACAUAUGUUUCCGACUCAGGCCACAAGAUGGCAAUCCCAGGGUUGCCAACUCCAAUUUUUUUUUACCCCUGAGCUCAACUUAAAAACCCCUAAAACUGUACAAUUAUUUUGGAAAACCCACUAAAUAAAAAAUUAAAGAAAUUAUUAUAGAUUUUCCAAAUUUAGAACAUUAUUAUGAUUUUCAACCGGUUCGACAUUUUAAUGAUCAUACAUAUGAACGUUAUACAUAGAUGGUCAAGAAAAUCUUGUCAGUAGAAAAAGGCGCGAAAUUUAAAUUUUCUAUGAGACGAUAUCACUUCGCGCCUACAUUUUUUCAAAUUUGCCGCACUUUUCUACUCUAAAAAAAACCCUAAAAAAACCACUAAAAAUAUUUAGCCUCUAAAAAACCCCUAGCUGGUUUAUUUCCCACUAAAUUUAGUGGUAAAACCACAAAGUUGGCAUCCCUGGGCAAUCCCUCCAACGCGCACGGUCCCCAUGUGGUCUCUGAUUGUCGAAAGUCAACUUUUGACAACUAGAGGUCCCGUAUAUUGUACGGAGCCGCAAAACAUCAGCAUCACUCACCAAAGACUUUGUUUUUCUAAUUUCUUCAAUUUGAUGUACUCAAUGUGUUUACAACAUUAUAAAAGUGAACUAUAUUUAUGCAACUAGAUAAAUAUUCAAUCAAACCCGAAAUAAAUAUAAUCUACCAUAACUAGA